AAUUUACUGGUUAGAAAAUGUGAAAAAAUAAUAAUCCCAGCUGAUAUAACUGCAUUCUUCUAAUAAAAUGACACUAGCUUGCUUGUGUAAUUGCAAAUGCUCCUGCCAGUAUUUUUUUGGUGUCUAAAACUACACGUUGGUGCUCAGAGGCAGCAGGCAGAGAGGCCCUCGUUGAUUUUUCCACUAUGGUGGCAAAAGAGGGAGUAUACAUGUGUGAAAGGGAGGAGAGGACUGGAACUAAACACACUUCAAAGAUAGUAGUGCUUCAAAACUGGGCUCAAGAUUGAAGGGGAAACUGAUUAUUCGUCUGCCUCCAAGUGAUGUACAAAAGCAGAGAGGAGCUUUGGGAAUCUGUAUGAUUCAGGAGCAAGAUUGAAGAUAAGUUAUUUGGAUGAAUAAUGGCUCAUUUUUUAUUUGAAGCUUUGAAAACAAGGAGGUAAAUUCUAUGGAGCUAAAACACAGUUAUACGUAAGGAGGAACAUUUUUUCUUUUUCUUGCCUGCUGCCGGGACUCCACCUGGAACAACAGCAGCUGGAGUCCGCUCCAGCACAUGUUGUUACUUCACCAGCUUACAUCAAGGAUUUUGAGCUUAUCUGUUUGAAGAGAACCACACUUCACACGUUCUCCCAAAUGAUUUAUUUCAGCUCUGCAGAAACCCAGAGCUCCCAUAAAUAUAGAGUUUGAUCUUGUGAAUCAUUGGCAGGUCUAUUUUUGAAUAUGAAAUCUACAAGUGUAUAUUGAAAGCAUUUCAGUUUGAGAUUAACUUUGCAAACAACAACUAACUUUGAGACCAAAGUCUGUAGUGAGUAUUCCGCUUGAAUUUUUGUGUGUUCAGGAAUUGGUAAUGGGGGUGCUUCUAACAGAGUUCAUGUGACUGUCGGAGUGCACAUUUUUGGGAGCCAUCUGCCAAAAACGUUUUCAAACUGCAAGUCUGGGAUGAACUGCACUCCCAAUGCCACCUUUACUUCCCAGCUGGGACUUGGCCUAAGCCCAGCAGCUGAGGAUGCGGCUCCCCAGAGUGGAGGCGUGUGGAUGACCUCCAUGCUUGGAGCCAUGCUGAUGCUGAUGUUCGCCGUUGGAGGGGCAGGCAACACGUACACGCUCAUCAUUACGCGCUCCGCAGCGUUGUGCCGAACCGGAUCCAUGUAUAUCCACAUUGUCAACUUGGCCCUGGCUGACCUACUCUACUUGUCUACCAUCCCCUUUGUCGUCUGCACCUACUUUGCCCAUGACUGGCUGUUUGGAGAUGCUGGCUGUCGCAUCCUGUUGAGUCUGGACCUUCUCACCAUGCACGCCAGUGUUUUCACUUUGGUUGCUAUGAGCAUGGAGCGUUACCGCGCAGUGGCAAAGCCCUUCAGCGCCCACAGGACAUCGUCCCGAAGCAGGCGUGUUGCUGUGGGUCUCAUUUGGGGGAUAGGUUUCAUCCUUACGCUGCCCAUGAUGGUGAUGAUCCGGCUCAGAGAAGGUAAACCCACAUCUGCAGGACUGGUAAAAAAAAUCUGUUCCCCCACGUGGACGCCUGAGGCCUUUAAGGCUUACAUCAUGCUCCUGUUUUUCACUAGUGUUUUAAUCCCUGGAUUGGUGAUUGUUGGACUGUACACAGGGUUAGCUAAGCGUUACUGGAAGGUUCAGGCAAGGUUAGGAGGAAGCAGCCGCUCUGCUAGAAGGAGAGGACUUAAACAGAAGGUCAUAUCAAUGGUUUUAAGCAUUGUGUUAGCUUACUGGGCUUGCUUCUUACCAUUUUGGGGAUGGCAGAUUGGCAAACUCUUCUCUCCAGACUCCCUUCGAUAUUUGUCUCCAGCUGCUCAUAACUAUGUCAAUUUUUUUGUUACAUGUUUGACUUAUGGUAACAGCUGCAUCAAUCCAUUCCUUUACACUCUUUUGACUCGGAACUAUAAAGACUAUUUGGCCCAAAAAGGUCAGUCAGUGGGGUCGAGCAGGGCUGACCCUGCGUCUGCUGCCACUUUGCCAAUGCAGGACCUUUAAUAGACUAUAGUAAAGUGCUCUUCAGCUUUAUUGAGGACAUUUUACAAGAACUGUUUUAUGUGGGUUCAACUCAAAUUGUAUCUUUGUUUAGCUCAGGGGUCCGAAACUUUCAACUUUUAUAGAGCCAUUUGGGGCGAUUUCUCACUAAAGACAACCCAGUAGGAGCCACAAAGUCUUAAUUCACCCCUGUCAAAAAGAAAACAGAUUUGUAUUUAUGUUGUUAGUAACAGAAUAAGACUCCUAAACAAACAAUUUAUAAAAGCAUUAGCAAGCUGUAUUGUGUUAAUAGGUCAUUUAGUGGCAUUGGUGGAUGUCUAACAAAUGCUUUUUAAGGUAUUACUAAACUAAAUGAGAUUCGUUGACACAUAAGCAUUAUUAAUUAUCUUAUUAAUACUUUAUAAGGCAUUUGUUUUUUGAUUUGAUUUGACAUCAACCAGUGCUAAUAAAUGACAAACACAUUAAUAAUACUUAUUAAUGUUUUAUGAAAUGUUUGUAAAAGAAUCCUAUUCUAAAGAGUAGUUUUACUUUCAUAUUAUGUUAACUAUUAAAUAUAAAUGAACUGCUGUUUCUUUGAAUAAAUAAAACAUGAACA